AAGAGAAGGGCUUUUUGGUCACUUUCUUGAGGCCAUGGAGGAGCUUUCAUGGUGAAAAAUGGAAGUUGAAAGAGGUAGAAAAGAUUGGAAAGAAGGGCAGCAGAUUCAUUAUUUACAAUACAUGGGAUUCUUGCGAGAUUCAUAUUCUUGGGCCUAAUUUGUUUUAAUCCAUUUUUUUCUUGCCAUUUAAGCAAUUCAUACCCUUCAAAUCUGGAAUAUCAUUUUCUAGCAGAUGAGAGGAAUAGGAUAUAAUUGUCAAGUAGUUGAUAAUGAAGGUCUAAGCUUUGAAGCAAAGUUCAAGAAAGAGGAAAUGGCCAAUUUCUGUACCAGAAAAUGAGCAAGGAGGUGGCAAGAAAGACGAGUGGGCGGCAGAGCUGCAGCCCAUUUCUGGAGCUGCAAGUCCUCAAAGAUUUGGACUUGGAAUUGGAAUGGAAGAUUGGGAAAGUUGGCUUUCAGAUUCGGCAUCACAAGACCAGCUCAGGUGGAUCUCUGGUGAUGUUGAAGAGACUCCUUUGAGCUUGAAGCAGCUUCUGCAAGCUGGGAACAAUAACGGAAACGAAGAUUCAUCUGGCAUGGAGCCUUGGGGCAAUGGUGUUACUAGUUUCAAUUCCAAUUCAUAUUUUACUUAUUGUGAGGGAAGCUAGAAUAUCGGCAGAGGAUACCUUUUUUCACCCAUCUAUGAUGUCCGUGAGCUACUACUCUUUUGAGCAUUGCUUUCCUCUAUACUCGGAAGGAAACUCUUUAAGAAAGUGGACUUGUAGGAUUGAACAAGAGAUCAAGAUUCUAGCAAUGAAGACAGUGAAGAAUUUCAGGAUAUGUAGGAUUCCGAUCGACUCGAUAUCAUUCAUUUCAUAAUUAUGUGGUGUUCUGAUCGCUGUUCUUUCCAAAUGUUGCAGGUCAAUUUCUGGGCAAUUGGCAAACCAAAUCCAACUGCUAGCCUCACAGGUCAUUCUAGCGGUCUUGAUUCUGUUAGCUUUGACUCCUCUGAAGUGUUUGUAGCUGCGGGAGCAGCAAGGUGUACAAUUAAGCUCUGUAAUUUAGAGGAGUCAAAGAUUGUUCGCACCAUCCCUGGUCACAGACCAAACUGUAUAUCCUUGGACUUUCAUCCCUUCGGUGAAAUUUUUGCUUCUGGUUCAUCGGACACAAAUUUGAAGAUAUGGGACAUUAGACUAAAAGGGGGUUGUAUUCGCACCUACAAGGGCCACACCAGAGGGGUAAAUGCAAUCAGAUUUACGCUAGAUGGCCGUUGGGUCGUAUCCGGUGGAGAGGACAACACUGAUUUUUUCCUACUAGAGGUGCCUUUAAGUAUGAAUGCGCGCCCAAGUCUGUUUCAAGAUCCAGAGCAGCUUGAAGCCGAUGCUCUUCAGAAUAGCUUUGACAGAAACUCAUCUUUAAUCUCGCAUAAGGUACACAGUUUUGGUUUUAAAAUAUAUAUUGUACUUGCCAUUUCACAGUUCCACUUUCCUCUCAUAAACAACUACUGGUUGCGACUACACCCUGCCAGCUCCAAGACAAUGAAUCUUAUUAUAUUUAGUGAUGUAUUUAGUAUUUUUAGGAAUUUAAUGAUUAUUAUCUUUGGAAUUGAUUUUCACCUUCAUUUAAAUACAUUAAAAUAUAUUAAAAUAUAAUAAACAAUCAUGUGUAUGUAAUGCUAUAACCAACAAAUUUUUAAAAUACAUUUAACGCUAAAUUUGUGACUUUUUACUUUCAUUUUCUCGGGUGAGUCAAUCAAAUAAUCAAAUUGAAACUGAAUAUUUUUUUUUCCCUUAUUAUUUUAGUUAGCCAUUUAAUCUACUUAUUAUUAGUGAAUAAUUUAUGUUAGACUUAUUUCUUAACAAUAUCAUGGGAGUGACCAAAUCAAGAUGAAGAGCAGAUGAUGUAAAGAACACGAGCAGAGGUAAUUGUUUUUUUUUUUUAUGAAAAUCAACGUCAUAAAGUUGCCUCUUUUAUCCUGCGUAGACUUCAGUUUAUCUUUAUCAAGUUUCACCCAAGUAGGUAUAAUUAACACACCCAAGUGGUGGGUUUAUCCUCUCUUGUCCCCGGAGACUCUGGUUCGACUCUUGCUCAUCCGAAUAGUAUUAGAACAGAUACUAAUUUGUAAGGCAUAUAAGCCUCCAUUGUAAAAAAAAAAAACACAUUUUUUGUGCUAUAUAAAUAUAUGUUUCAUCAGUUAACUACUACUUUUGUAUUUUUUUAUUCUGAUUUGAUCGUUUUUAUGUUAAUUAUUUCUUUGACAUAGCUCAGUCUUGAUGAAAUUUUAUGGUAUUGAGUUUUGUUUGUAUGAUUUCUAUCCAUUUUUUGUACAUAUUUUAUGACCUGCAUGGUUACCAAUAGCCUAAUUUGUAAACUAUUUCGAAAGUUCGAGUGUACUACUUGAUCACAAGCAUUUGUAGUCCAUGGAAUCUGAGUUACAGUUUUCCCCUUUUGUACAUACGUAUAUACCUUUGAUUUAUGAUUUACACUUUGUUUUCCAUAUAUCAGUACAAUUUUGUUAAAAAAAUGUAUAUAAGCAAGUCAAAAGUAAGACUGGUUUUUUAAAUCAUCUUUCUGCGUGUUCACAUCAUAUUUAAUGGAUUGAAAAUUGAAUUUUGAUCAAACUCUAAACUUAGUGCUCCUGGUAAAACUUAUACUAAAUGUGUAGCGUAAAUGGUAAUGAGUCUAGAUCAAGUUAUUCCAUGGUUUUCAUGUUCAAGCAAGACAAUGUCCCUUAUCCUUUUUUUUCCUAUGAUUUAUCUUUUGCUUACAUGUAUGUUAUCCCUAAGGAGAAGGUAUAAGUACUAUGGUUUUCUCUUUUAUUUCACAUGUAGAUAUUAAUCAGUCUAAUAUUCUUACAUAUAAGAAAGUAAAUAGAAAUUAUCAGCUACAUAUCGCUUAUCAACACUGGUUUUAAGUAUUACUUUCUUAGAGGAUCACAACCUGGAAUUAUGAGCGACUCACGAUUUAUGAAACAGUUCGGUCUUGAUUAUCUUUAUCCUCAGUACCGAUGUCCGAUGUUAAGAGGCAUGUUAAAAGGAUCUAUAUUAUUCCUAAAGUUUGAAUAUCUUACCUAACUUUCAAUUAUCACCGGCUUAGUUUGUUGAUCUAAAUUGGGUGUCAACAUUACAUUCUCGAAAUAUAGUUGAUUAGAAUAAAUUUUAUUAAAUUAAUAAGAAAUUGAUAUCUGUCAUUUUCAACAUAUGUAUAUUGACAUUCCAUAUGACUCAAUAUACCCAAAUUGCUAAGCAGGUGGACCAAGUGUUUUUCCAUCUCUCAAUUGAUCAAUCCCAUGCCCGUUUCUUUAGGGUCGAAGAUGAGAAACUAUCAAAGAUUCAAGAGCAUCCAUCUUUUGUUUCUGUUGUGCUAUAUUAAUAAUGGUAAGAUUAUUGAUACUUCGUCCAUCUGGUUUUAGGCUAAUAAAGUUACCAAAACUCGUGGUUUCGUCGAUUCUGAGAAUCUUGCUGGCCUUGGGAUAUUGCAAAUGUGUACUGAGAGGUUUAGGGAUAGGAUAUAGUGAUGGUUCUAAUGGAAAACCAUGCCCACAUCUUAGAAAUAUUAGUUUAGUUGACAGAUUUUUGAUUUAAUUUUCUGUAGAGAAUUUGUUCCCCAGGGUGUCAUGAUUUUUUUUUAAAGUGCAACAGUUUUGUACUUUGGUGUAAACUCAUUCUAAUGUGAGUCUUAGCUUAACGUGGUGGAUAUGAUAUUUUUAUCUUUUUUA